AUGGCCUGGCUAUUCUGGGAAUUUCGCAGGAAUUAUGUUUGGCUUAUUAAUCGUAUUUUUAUCCCCACGCUUCUGAAUGCAUUAGCUGGAUUUCUUACUACGAUUGUUAGCCUAUACACUGCUUAUGAUGGCGAUUGGUCUAUUAUGGUACUUUUGACUGUGAUUACCUCUGACCUAUCCGUUGCCUGCUCCCUCAUCCUGCUAUAUAUCUAUAAAUUUGGCAAACUACAGAGACUGAAACGGGAACACAAUCAGAUGUUUCGCAACUACGAACAUCCUCCCCAUGUCCAAGAAUUACCCACUCUUUAUACGAUGUUAUUACAGAGAAAUGGUAUAUUGGAUAUCCUGAAGGCUACAGUAAUUCUAGCAGUUUUAAACUGA